UAUUUACUGCAUACGCGAUCUGCACCUCAGUCCUAACAGUCAGUCAUAAUGUUGAAGUCGGUUAUAGCAGUUUUGUGUCUAACAUUGGUUGCCGCCAAUGCCGCGCUCGUACGCAUACCGUUGACCAAGCCCAACAAGCCGCGUUCGAUUGAAAAUCUCAGCACACGUCGGGCCGUGCUGCGCAGCAAAUACAAUUCGAGUUUCAUUGUUACCAACGAACAAUUGAGCAACUAUUUGGAUGAUCAAUAUUAUGGACCCAUCACUAUCGGUACACCACCACAAAAUUUUAAUGUACUUUUUGAUAGCGGCUCUUCGAACUUAUGGGUACCUGGAGCACCGUGUAACGCCACCGACCAAGCUUGCUUAUCACACAAUACGUACAAUUCGAGCGCGUCCAGCACCUAUGUAGCGAAUAAUGAAAGUUUUGCUAUACAAUAUGGUACCGGAAAUCUAACGGGUUACUUAGCAAUGGAUACGGUGAAUGUUAGCGGUUUGUUUAUCACAAAUCAAACUUUUGCAAUCGCAACCACAGAACCCGGCACUACAUUCGUCUAUUCCGUGUUUGAUGGCAUUCUCGGUCUGGCGUAUGCGCAGUUAUCGGUUGAUGGUGUGGUGCCACCAUUAUACAACAUGUACACACAAGGCUUAAUUGAGAAGCCCAUGUUCGCAUUCUAUCUGACUAGCAAUGGUACCUCCGCUAAUGGUGGUGAGCUGACGCUCGGUGGCUUCGAUUCCACGCAUUAUAUUGGUAUAAUCACUUAUGCACCCGUUACAACGGAAGGCUAUUGGCAAAUCAAUGUCGAGUCGGUCUUUGCUGGUAAUACCCCGAUUUGCUACAGUUGUCCUGCGGUUGCUGAUUCAGGCACAAGUCUAUUAGGUGUGCCGACUACUCUUUACACAAUGGUUCAGAGUGCUGUUGGUGCCAUAUUGAAUGCAGAUGGUGUGUACGUGUUCGAUUGUACCCAAACUUAUAACCUGCCAGUAGUUACGUUCAAUAUCGCUGGCAAUAGCUUUACUUUAGAUGGUAGUAAUUAUGUUUACGAAAUGCUUGGUAAUUAUGGCAAUAUAAUGUGUGUGUCGGCUUUCGAGGAUGCCGGCACAAACUUUUGGAUACUUGGCGAUGUCUUCAUUAUGAAGUACUACACAAUCUUCGAUAUGGAAUAUAAUCGUGUCGGUUUCGCGACGGCUGUCAGUAAUUCCACUACGAUAGGUGGUGGCGCUAUAAAUUUGAGCCCUAACCUAGUGGGUCUAAUAAUACCCGUGCUAUUUGCUUUCGGCAGACUGUGGCUAAAAAUUGUGUGUUAACACAAAGUCUAAAUUAUGUAAUUCAAUCAAUUUUACGAAGCUCACUUUUAUUUUAAUGUGAAAAUGAUAAAUUUACAUAUUAAUUGUAAUAAAAUAAAGUAAAACAACUUUCGAAGUUGAUAAACGGUGACUUCCGAAAUAAA